AUACAAACAAGGAAUACCUGAGGUUUGUAUUGAUUGGAAACAUGGAUACCGGAGGAAAUGGACCGGGUCUACCGGCUGAUACAACGAAGGAUUCUUCUCGAUUGAUACUGCAAGAUGAGACCUCAUUGAAUGAGACUCCGCGUGUCGAGGUGAACAAAACAGAUGAUAUUAAGAAAGAGGAUAUAUCUGAGGAGAAGAAUAUAGGGGCUGAAGUGAAACUCCCUGAAGUGAUAGAGAUUGAUGACGAGACAGAAAAUGUUGUGAAAUCGUCCAGUGAUGUAGUGGUGAAGAAGGAAGGGGUAACAAAUGAGACACAAAAUGUUGUAAUGACGGAGAAGGCUAAAGAUUCUCAACAAGGACAAGUAAAUGUAGAUAAUCUGAAGGAAAGUUCAGCACCACCAGUAGGUACAGUACCGGAUAAUUCCAUGGGUGGUAGAACAGGACUACCAGUGUCAGUAGGAUCUGCAUCAAAUCUGGCAUCUAUAUCACCACCUGGUGGUCCAAAUAGUGGAACGACGACAAUUCAAACGGAUGGACCAGUAUCUGUUAAAUCUGGUAUACCAGCCGGUGAUUUAACCAGCAGACCAACCAUCGAUCCAAAAAGUGGCCCAGCUGGUGGUGCUUCAACAAGUGUCCCCAUAAGUGUUUCAACCACCGGACCAACCAUUGGAUCAAACAUUCCAGAAAAUGUACCAGCCAAUGGACCAGCGACUGCCCAAACUAGUGCUUCAAUCAACCCUCAAUCAAGUGCUCCAACUCACAUUCCCACCAACAUUCCAACCAAUAUCCCAACUGGAACCAACUCAUCAAUUAAAAUAGAAAAUACACCUUCGCAUAUCCCAAAUACAUUCACUACUACUUCAGCAACGACUGGCCCAUCAUACAUGUCUCAAUAUGGUCCAACCAGAACAAACACAUCAAUAGCACCAUCCAUGAUGACAGGAUCAAUGACUCCAGGAUUCUCUUCACAAAUGACAUCAACUCCUACAAUGCCUCCAAUUGUAGUUCCAAGUGUCCCAUAUAUCCCAUUCAAGGAAAGAAGACUUUCGAAUGCAACCCAAAAUCUUUUGAACAAACCAGUACCUCUGUUAGACCAAACUUCACCAAUAGAAUUGUUACUUUUCAAAAUUGUGGUGAUUAUUUUCCAAAAGAAAGGAUUUGAAUGUACGGAAGACUUUCUCUUACAAGUUGCAGAUUUGACCUCAACUUAUUUCCAUGACUUGAUCAAGUUGAUGCAUAAGUACACUGAAAUGCAAAGACGUAGGAAACCAUCCAAGAGUGAUAUUGAACUUGUACUUAAGAUGAAACGGAUUUCACCUGAAAGUUUAUUCAAAGAGUAUACCAAACUGAAGUCAUUUGAUGGCAAACAGGAGAUUUCCAAGUUGGAAGAUGAGGCUAAAGUGACUCAUGAAAGUCAUGAUGUUAAUGAUUAUCUGGAUCCUUCAGUACGGUUUUUCUUUUCCAAUGAACAUUAUGAUAUUACUGAAUUAGUUCCCAAGCAAUCGCAUCGUCCAAAUUACAUUCCUGUGUACUUGCCAGAUUUACCACCUGAUUAUACUUAUCAGAAGACACCUAAAUAUAUGGAGAGAUUGACAGAUUUGAAGGAAAUGAGGUUGAAACUCAUUGAAGAGACUCGAUUGACAGAGAAAUCCUUGUAUAAUCUUAUUGAUGAUGAUGAGAGUAAAUGGAAGAAGAACUUUGAGAGGGAAUUAUCGCAUGGUGCUAGAGAGGAAGACGAAGAAGAUGGAGAUAGUGGAGAUGAAGAAAGUAUCAUGAGUGAUGUAGGGAAAGUCGAGACUCCAAUGGAGACUGACCCAAGUGGUAUUGAGAAUAAAGAUGAAUCUAAGAAAGAGGAUAAGGUUGAAGAAACACAAGUUAAGAAGGAAGUAGGAGAAGGAGAAGGAGAGGGGAAAAUAGAAGGGGAAGUGGCGACAGAAAAAUCAAAUGAAGGAAAUGUUAAAUCAACACCAAUUCCAAUUGUUAAGUUUGAUAUUGAGGCAUAUGCAAAGAAGAGACUUUUACUUAAACAAAAGAAAGAACAAGAGCUCAUUGCAAAGGCCAAAUUACGCGAAGAAAACGUUUUCAUUCAAGCUGAGAAUUAUUUCUCUCCAUAUGCCAAAGAGCAAAUUACACCAGAAAUUGAAAAUAAGUAUCGAGGGAUUUUAAGUGAAGAAUUCAAAUCGGUAAUUCUUUCCGUUAGAAGUGCCGAAAAGAAGAAAAGAAGAAAGAUUGAAAAAAUAAUGAAGGCUAAAAAAGAACGUGAACUUGAACUUGAAAAGCAGAAUGCCCUUGAAGAAGUUGAAUUUGGAUUUAAUUUCGGGAAGAUGAGUCAUCUGGAUGAAGAUGACGACGAUGAUGAUAGUGAGAAGGAGAUGGUUGAUUUCCCAGAAUUUGAUUUCCCGACGAUAGGAGAUGCUCCAUCCAGCAAGGAACUGACUAAGGAACCAAUAGAAUCUGAGAAAUUGAGUGAAGACGGAAAUUCUGAAGUGCCCAGUACUACACAAGCCACGCCCGUGGCGGAAGUUGAGGCUGAAGGGGAUGAUGACGAGGAUGAUGACGAUAUGUUUGACGAUGUUGCAUUCGAAGAGGGUGAAUUAGAACAAGAAAUGAGUAAAGAAACCACGGGUGUAGAGGGAAGUGUGGAGAUUGAUAGUGCUCAAACAACCCAAACCCCAGCUCCUAUAGAAGAUGCAAGUUCAGAUGAAGAUGAUUUUGAAGAUGUAUAGUAUGUAUAUUAAUGCCAAUAAUGACAAAAGA